AUGCCAAUCUACAGUGUGCAGAGACGAACAAAAGCAAAUUUGUACCACGAUUCGUUAUUUGCGAUACAAAGAGGUGUUAUUAAUCAAUCGGUUGGUUCAAAGGUGGCUAUCCUUGAGUACACGAUUAAAUGUUGUCAAUGGAAAAACGUUAAAAAAAAGCAAAAGAGCAAGGAAGGAUCGAAUUCCCUGGGAAGCAGACUCCAGCAUCGUCGGGCAUCCGGUGCUGCACGGCAUUUGACUUUUGGGACGAACAACCCGGAGAAAUGGAUUGGACCUAGUGCAUCUUGGAUGAGAUGGGUUGGCGCAUAUGCCGUCGGAACGGUUCGUAUAUUUCCUGGUCAAUUCGGAAGCACCACCAAUGCUGGUCACCAUGUCUAA